AUGGACUCCACCGCGGGGACGGAUCUGGGGAAGAUCGUGGGCGUGUUCUACCAGGCCGAGGACGGGGAGCACAGCCGCCGCCUCCUCGCGCUGCUCGCCACCUCCCUCACCGUGAUCGACGCCAUGCAAGGGCCGCUCAGUCCGACUCUGCUGCAGGAGGACGACGCCAAGUGCCUCCGCGACGUCAAAAGCGACCUCAAGGACCCCGAGGGCCACCUCUCGUCCUGGACUAGCAACACCUCGGCGGGUGCCUUGCUGUCUGCGACUUCUCCGGCGUUCUCCUGCUGGAACCCGCAGGAGUCGCGCAUCCUCGCCGUCUCCCUCUCCGGCUUCGGCCUCCAGGGCAGAAUCCCGCCCGCGCUCCAGUACUGCCGCUCCGUCAACACGGUUGACCUCUCCUCCAACGCGCUCGAGGGCCAGAUACCCCCCGCGCUCUGCGACUGGAUCCCCUUCGUCGUCAACCUCGACCUCUGCGGCAACGGCCUCACCGGCCCGGUCCCCUCCGAGCUCGCCAACUGCCGCUUCCUCAUCUCGCUCAAGCUCCGCGACAACGCCUUCUCUGGCCAGAUCCCCGCCUCCCUCGCGCGCCUCGCUGCUCAACAGUUUCUGCAUAAUGAGGAUUGCAUGAAGGUCUGCUUCUGUGUGUCUAUUCCUGCAAGGGAGUGCUUGCUCCGCUCGGAAGGAGCUGUCGUUGCUAUGGAAGCCUCUGACCUCUUCUUCUACUACCUAUUGCUGCUGCUGGGUCUCUGCAGCUACAGGGUGGGCCCUGAAUCUCUCAUUGUCUUGGUUGUUGCUUACUACAGGGAAUCCACUAUUGUUGACAGACAAUGA